UGCAUAUUUUGUUCCUGAAAACAUGUCAGCUUCGGGACUCAUAAACUACGACAAAAUGUAACCAGGUCGAUAUACGCACUGGAUUGGCAGUUUUUUUCUUAGAAUAUGUGAAAACGAUUAAAAUUCCAUCCUCAAGAGACACUUCGCUUAUAAGAUAAUGUACUGAACGAAUGAAGAAAAUGGCGUCUUUUAUGGAGAGAAACAGUAGUCUAUACAGAGGAGAGCUAGACUCUGAGGAUGACUUCGGGAUCCCUCCCGACGGCCGGCGGCUCACACUAGACUACGCCGAGGACCCAGAAGAAGAAUUCAACCAGCACGAAAACCGCUGUGGGUGCUGUCAGUGUACCCCAGACUGCUGCCAAUGUUGUGCCAACCCUGUCUUAUUUUCAGUCGUCUGGACUAUUGCUAUAACUCUAUGCAACCUAUGGUUAGGGUACACGCAAGGGAUUCUAACUACGGUAGAAAAAGUUUUCGACAUGGAGAGUAAACUGACAGGGUUCAUCUACGGGUCAAACGAUUUAGGCUUCGUCAGUAUGAUUCUUCUUGUGUCGUAUUUUGGCGGGAAACCGAACGCUCACAGACCUAAGAUGAUCGGGAUUGGUGUUAUUGUGAUGGCGCUAUCGUGCUUUUUCUUCGCCCUCCCACACUUUGGAACUGGAGGGGAGAGGGACUGGUACAAGAUACAGCUCAAAGAAAGGACCAGCGGGAUCUCUUCGCUUCUGUGUAGGGAUCACCAACAGUCGAAUGAGACAGAGCAGUUGGAGUGUGAUGCGAGGCGGAAGUAUAAGUCGGGAGGCUGGGUCAUCACCAUGGUGAUUGCGCAGUUCAUUUCCGGGAUGGGGGAGGCGCCGCUACUGCCCCUGGGAACGACGUACCUGGAUGAUCACGUGUCCAAACUGAACUCAGCCCUGUACAUUGGUCUGUCCUUGGUACUGCCCAACACCGGCCAGCCCCUCGGUCUGCUGCUCAGUUCCUACACCCUCCGGUACCACGUCAACUGGCCGUUCGCAGACGCCAAGCGUGUAGGUUUAGACUAUGAGGACCCCCGGUGGAUCGGAGCGUGGUGGCUCGGGUUUGUGCCGAUCGGGAUCGCCUUCCUGGUCACCGCCGUGCCCAUGAUGUGCUUCCCGCGUAAGAUGAGGCAGACGCACGUGGAGGAAGUAGUAUUCAAGGAGCCGGGCGAGGACGAUCCGCUGGAGGAUAUAGAGAACGUGGAGGGCCAGCUCAUCAAAUUUGAUGAUCUCCCAGCCCUGAAGAAGCUAAUGAAGAGCCUGUGCAGUAACAUGGUGUACAUCACCCUGGUGUUGGCGGCGGCGUGUGUCCUGUCCAUCGGGAACGGCUUCGUCACCUUCCUGCCCAAGUACAUCAGCGUGCAGUUCGGGCUGUCCGAGUCUGCAGCGGCCAGGCUGCUCGGUUUUACGGUGCUCCCCGCCGCCGUACUGGGUACCGUGGCGUCUACCGUGGUGAUGCGGGUGUGGCACGUCUCUGACCGGGGCAUGGUCCUCCUGUGUGCCGCCAUCAGCUUCGUCCUCUGCCUGCUGACCAUCCCGGGCAUGGGCCUGUUCUGCGACCAGCAACCCUUCGCCGGUCUGACCACGUCAUACCAAGGACGAUGGUAUGUACAAGUGGACAUAUAUACUUCUGACGAGUGUAACCAGCACUGUAACUGUCUUGAUGAGGAGUUCGCCCCGGUCUGUGGCGCCAAUGACGUCACGUACUUCUCCCCGUGUUACGCCGGCUGUAAGGACCGCAUGAGGGUGUACUCACACUGCGCAUGCGUGGAUCACGGCGUGAUGCCUGUGGAAGGUAAGACGUACCGCGGGGCGUACGCCGAGAGUAACCAGUGCCCGGAUGAAGACUGCAGCAGUGACAUGUUCCUGGUCUUCCUCCUCUUCAUCACGGCCUUCAUCAUGACGUUCUUCGUCACGCCUUUUCUGAUCGCCAUCCUCAGAUCGGUUGGACCCAAUGAAGGACCGAUGGCGUACGGCACUGCUGGGUUCUUUGGCAGAAUACUCGGAGGUCUGAUCGCUCCGGUGAUCUUCGGCGCCGUGAUUGACGUCUCCUGUAUCAUCUUCGCCAAGCGGUGCGGGCGGACGGAGGGGGAGUGCCUGCUGUACGACGUGAACGCGAACCGGUACCUGACCAUGGGGCUCACCGGCAUCUACUUCUGGAUCAGCUUCAUGCUCCUGUCCGCGGGGUGGGUCGUGUUCGAGCCGGGACGGGGGCAGGGCGACAAGUUCAAGUAGUUCCGCCAUCUUUCACAUAGUCAGAGCUUUCCCCCGACCACCAACCAACCGAGGUUGACUGAGGUUCGGGAGCAAUUUGAGCAGCCUUUUUAUAUGUAGGCACGCCGAGUGGGAGGCCAUAUUCGGCUAUGCGUCUCAAUGGCUUUAGAGAUCGCUUUGUCCAUGGUUCGCUCACGUAACGUUAACGUUACAUGCA